CGAUGUUGUGAACGCCAUCUUGAAUUAGUAUCUAGAAAGUGGUUGGGUUUAUCGGUGAAGUAUCACAUCAACGGAGUGCCAUCGAGGGCACCCUCUCCCAUUUAUUGUAAUUGGUGGGCCUCAAGAUGGCUACGACCGAUGGUAAGAUGUCAACAACGGAGAGGGUGGUGAAAAGUGUACCAUUUCCACCUAGUCACCGACUGACUAUGAGUGAAGUAUUUGAUCCUAAAGGAAAACCAAAACCAGACGUUUUAAAACAACACUUUAUUUUGGAAGGUAGAUUGACAGAGGAUGUAGCUUUAAGGAUAAUCAACGAAGGUGCUGCUUUGCUUAGACAAGAGAAGACCAUGAUUGAUAUUGAAGCACCAGUUACAGUGUGUGGAGAUAUCCAUGGUCAGUUCUAUGAUCUUAUGAAAUUAUUUGAAGUGGGUGGCCCUGCAGCAACAACACGCUACCUCUUCCUAGGUGAUUAUGUAGACAGGGGAUAUUUUAGCAUAGAGUGUGUACUGUAUAUAUGGGCGCUGAAAAUGUUGUAUCCAAGUACAUUUUUCCUGUUACGUGGAAACCAUGAAUGUAGGCAUCUAACAGAAUAUUUCACAUUUAAACAGGAAUGUAAAAUAAAGUACACAGAAAGAGUCUAUGAUGCCUGUAUGGAAGCCUUUGAUUGUCUGCCAUUAGCAGCUUUAAUGAAUCAACAAUUUCUGUGUGUUCAUGGAGGACUUUCACCAGAAAUUCACAACUUGGAUGACAUCAGAAAGCUGGAUAGAUUCAAGGAACCUCCAGCAUUUGGUCCCAUGUGUGAUUUGUUGUGGUCUGAUCCUUUGGAAGACUUUGGAAAUGAAAAAACAACGGAACAUUUUUCACAUAAUACUGUUAGGGGUUGCUCAUAUUUUUACAGCUAUGCAGCAUGUUGUGAUUUCUUGCAACAGAACAACUUGUUGUCAAUAAUUCGAGCUCACGAAGCUCAGGAUGCUGGGUACCGAAUGUAUAGAAAAAGUCAAACAACUGGCUUUCCAUCAUUAAUAACGAUAUUCUCAGCACCAAAUUACUUGGAUGUUUAUAACAAUAAAGCUGCCAUUCUGAAGUAUGAAAACAAUGUGAUGAACAUCAGACAGUUCAACUGCUCUCCACAUCCUUACUGGUUGCCAAACUUUAUGGAUGUCUUCACAUGGUCUCUACCAUUUGUAGGUGAAAAAGUGACGGAAAUGCUCGUCAAUAUUCUCAGCAUUUGCUCAGAUGACGAGCUCAUGAAUGAAGGAGAUGACACUUUUGAAGGUGGAGCAGUAGCUGCCAGAAAGGAAGUUAUAAGAAACAAAAUUCGAGCUAUCGGCAAAAUGGCUAGAGUCUUCACAGUGCUGAGAGAAGAAAGUGAAAGUGUACUCCAGCUGAAGGGACUGACUCCCAAUGGACUGCUACCACUAGGAGCGCUAUCUGGUGGAAAGGACACACUGAGAACAGCUCUCAGUGGAUUCUCACCAUCGCACAAGAUCAGUGGUUUUGAAGAAGCUAGAUGUUUAGAUAAAAUGAAUGAGAGGAUGCCACCAAGAAAGGACUCUGUUAACCAAACGAACAAUAAGGAGAAGGCAUAAUGAAAUUAGCUUCGAGGAACAGUGUGCCCUUCAUGUUGGGCUGAACCAGUCACUCAUCCAGGAAGCUGGCUUCCUUCAUCCUGUCUGAAUCCACAGUUUCACUUUAGGCAAUUCCUUAUUUUGUGAUAUGUUCAGGAAGAGUGGUCUUAUUUUGUGUUCGUUUGUUGCUCUCUUUUUUUCUUUUUUUUUUAAUUAUUUGUUUUCUUUCUUUUCUUUUUUUGUUUGUUUUUGUUUAAAUGUAGAUUUUAUCUUCCUUUCUGCCGAGAUCUAGUCACAUGAACAACUUUGACUAUAUUAAGAUGUGGUUAGACAGCUUUCUGUGCACAAGUGACUGGAGUGGCACUUCUAAUCCAGUGAAACGGGACUAACCUGCUACGUUGCCAACGACAACCACCACACCCUGGACAGUGCCAGUUUCACAGAUCUAGAAUGUGGUAUUGAUCAUACCAGCCGUUGAUUGGAGAACUAAUCUGCAUUUAAAUAAUGGACUAUAUGAUCUGAAAGAAGCACCCAGAUGCUUGCAAAUUUGGAUUUAAUCAGUUCAAAGAGUGAAUAAUCGUCUCACGAUAUACGGAUUCCCAAAACAUUUAAAAGGAGCCAAUUUGAGGACUGGAUAAACCAGCAAAUGGGAAUUGGCUUACUUUAAAACAAAAAAUAGAAAGAGAAAGGAAAAAAAAUAACUGUAGUAACACAUUAAAGAAGAUUAUUAAAUAUAUUGCCAACAUUUUUUUUGGAGCCAUGUUGGCUUUUUUAUUUAUUUUUAUUUUCUUUUUCUUUCUUAUUUAUUAGUUAAGUGUUCAAAUUUUCUUAAUUGUCCAUAAUGACAAACCUGUUUUCGUGUCGCCUAAACUUUGAUAUUCACAUGUAUAUUGUAACAUUAUUUGCACUCCAUUGGAUGAAUUGGGUUUUUUCCUCUUUUUAAAACAAAUUUAUUGAGUGUUAUUUAAGCUGCCUCACCAUAUAUAAAACCCAUUUUAGUGAUGACAAGUAUAUGGAUUUCAGCAGCUUGAGUUCUCGAGAAAGAUUAAAAUGUUAUUGAAGUUCCAAUUACAAAUUAUGCACUGCUGAGAUGGUGCUCUAAUUAACGGAGCAGUUUAAUUCCAAUAUAGGCAAAUUUUCGAAUGGUGUGCAUUCAUAUUUCAGAGAAAACAUUGAAUUACCCAAACAGGAUUGUUAAUGCUCUUGAUUAGACAACUCUGCUAUAAAUGUCUGUUGACAUGCAAAAGGAAAGGAAUAUUUGUUUUAAUGGCACCUCAGCAUGUUUUAAACUAUGGCUAUUUGGUGUCUUGACAUGUAUAUUUCCACACCGUUGAGAGAGAGGUGGGGACCUCCAUUCAGGCUUCUACUGAUAAAGCAACGAGGGAUCCUUUAUAUAAGAAUGAGGACUAAAUGGGUGUUGGGCUAAGCGUUGAGAGCUACAUAAGUUAUAAAAGUGAGUUGGCAUAGAUGUGGUACUGAAUGAUUUGCUAGAAUAGCAAACCUGUAGAAAACAAAUCACUAACUUGUUGUUUUACUUAAUAAAUGUACUAUGACAUUUCGGAUAGUGAAAUAUAUGAAUGUGGGAUAAUUGUCCAAUAAAAGAUACCUUAUAGUAUGCAUUCAUUCAAAGCUAUUUUUAUUUUGUUGUUGGACAUGUUUCAUAGUAAUGUAAAAGUGUUAGGGUUUUUGGAAGUUCUGAAAAUUGUUAAAAUCAUACAGGGUAACAGUACUUAAUAUCUUAUUUUCAAAAACUUCCAUGUUCAUACUGCUAUGAUAUCGCUGGGUCAUACACCUCAGCUGAUGCUGCUUUGAAAUGGGGUUUGUGAAUUGUUACUGGUAACAAAGAGGCUGCAAAUUCUUACAUACAGUACAGUGCCAAAAGUUAGUUGACAUGGUCACAAUAUCAGCAAAUAGUGUGUUGACAAAUUUCUAAUUGUAUAUGAAUUUGUUACAUGUAACUAAUCACCAGAACCACAAUUGAGAAGCAUUUCUUUGUAUUUUAUUUUUAGAAAUACAAAGCAAUUGAGUAUAUUUCUGCAACCAGCUAAUUAAAUGUCGGCCUUAAAAUUUCGUCAAUAGAACUAUCUUGUUUGGCUGAUGGUAGAAAAUGUGCCAAAGGGUAGCUUUUUCAGAUAAAUGAAAGAAGUUGAAAUCCAUUUAGUUGUUCACACUAGUAGUCACCUUGUAGCUAUAUCUUUUUGAAGAUGUGAAACCGUUUUUGUAGAUCUGUUCGUUGAAAAAAAAUGUUUUACUUUUUUUUUCUUUAAUACUUUUCCUCCAUUAGAGGGUAAGUUGCUUAAAAGGGAAUGUUUACUGUUUGUUAAUGUGUUUAAAACUGGCAUUUCAUUGCCCAGUGGUGUAAAUGUUAAGUUAUUAUAUAUAAUAUUUCCCAUUCCCAUCUUGAAUGUAAAGAUUUAACUAUUUUCCUACAUUUGAAUGAAUUUCACAUAUCCCUUAUUUUGCUCACAUUCUCCUGCUAGUUGUGUGUAACCAUUUAACUUGCCAAUUUCUUUUUAUAGUGAGUAUCUGUUUUAAUCACAGUUUCCUUUCUGAAAAGUGUUUGUUAAAAGAACACGGGGCUUUUGUACUAUUUGCACACAUUUCUAGGAUCUUCCGUAUGUUGGAUAUUUUUAUGUGUUGUGAAACAAAUGACUGAUUCUUGUAGACUACUAUAUUAUCUCUUGUAUAGAUCAUGAUGACGGUUACGUGGCUUUGGCUUUACCUUCAUCCUUUGCCAGAAAAAAGAUUAUUGGGAUUUAAGGGGUUUUUUUUUUAUAUACAUUGUCGAUGAUGUAAGCAUCAGCCAGAAGACUUUGAAAAUCCACAGAAUAAACCUGCACACCCCUUAAAGGUUACCUUCAUAAUAAAGUAAAGUUAUAACCAAACCUAACAAAAAGGUUUUGCCAAAUUGUAGUUAAUGGCAUUACAUAUUAUUUACAAAAACGGCUCUUUAAAUUUUAUUUUUUAAAUUAUUGAAAAUCUUACAUUUAAAAGUGACCAUGAGUACAGUCCAUUGAAUAGUUAUGUAAUUUGUAUGAUUUUCCCAACAUUUGUGUGAUCAAAAGUGGGUCACAUGUCCUUGUGUUCAAAUAUAGUGUGGGACAUUUAAUGUAAGUAUUUUGUCAAAUACUUUUAAGCACUUGCAUGAAAGCAAAAGUAGGAAAAACAUGUUUUAUUCGUACUUUGGAAUACAAAGUAUAUGGUAAAAUUAUUUAAACUCUGUCGGUCAUAGUUGACAAUUUUAUAUUAUAAAGUUAACCUUUAAGAUGUGCAGUAACUCAUUUCAACAACUCAUUCCAUUGCUAUUUACUUCAUAUUGUUAAGGACUAUACUGAAUUAAUUGCAUAAAUGUGUUUGGUUGCCAAGGGUUUUGUAACGGAUGGCUUCCUUUUCAGAGUAGGCAUAUUGUGAUUGUUUAUUAGAAAAUAUUCAAACAAUUGCGUAUCUAGAACAAACAAGGAGAAAUCGAAGAACAAAUUGCCAUUUAAAAAAAAAAUGUCUGUACUUCAUAGGUUUCUGCUGUCAACAUGAAUCUUUUCUGAAUAUCCAAAUACAGAUUGUACUUUCAACAGAAAACAAAUGCUAGAUUCAGUACUGGAGUAACUGCCCCUUGAUUGGAGAUGGUGUUUUAAAGUUGCAUUUCCAUGUACAUGUAGUAUCUUCGUAUAGCUAUUAUGAUGUAAACUACUUUUAUUUAGCUAUUGUGUGCAUGAACACAUAUGCGCGCACUCUAAUUUCUGAACAUAAACAUGAUUGUUUUUACACAGUAGCCAUGUUCAAUCCUAUACGAUGCCGAUUUUAAAGUGAUGUUGAACAUGUACAAGCACAUGAAAAUAAUGUUGAGUAUAUUCAUGUUUUAAACUCGGCUUAGUUGUUCGUAUCCCUGUUUGUGGUGUGAGUAAUUUUCCUCUUAUAAGUGGACGUUCUUGGUACAACAUGAUCCCAAGUUAUUCAAAUCUUAAUGUUGUGCACUUAAAGAGGCAAUACACUGAAAUGUUACAGUUCAGGUAUUAAGUUUUUGAGGACUGGACUUGCAUAAUAACCAUAAUAUUUGAAAGAUGUGAAGGUUUUGAUGCCACGGUUGCUAUGCCGUACUCGUUAUUAUCAAGAAAUGCACAAAUAUUAAAUGCACCUAUGUUAAAAUGGUUUAGUGUCAAAAUGUUUUUUUCUAUCAUGUCGAGUAGCAGUGUAGCUUUAACAGAAAAAACACACCUCAUAAUAAAGUUUUUAAUUAUUUAUUGGGGUUUUAGUUGGUUUGUAUCCACAUUUGAAAAUUGUAAUCCUAUGAUCACAACUAAUGUUGGAUACUUGUCUUGUUUCUUGUUCUAUAUUACUUUCAGGUGGGAGUGGCAUUGGGGAAUACAGUAUUUAAAAAGCAGAUCAUUUAUCACAUGGAUGUUAAUGGUGGAUAUGUUCCAAAUUUACAUCUUGUAUAUCUUUUGUUAAGUUUGCUAAUUUUAAAAGAAACAUUUUUGCAAACAAAAUAUUCCUCUUUUGACUUCCAGUAUAACACUGCAGUCACAUAGAAAAUAAGUUGCUUAAUCCAGGAUACUUAAAUUUAAGGAAAGCAUCAAGUACUUUCAAAUUGUAGCAUGUGUUCUGUACGUAAGAUUCAUUUAAUGUACUUAACUGUUUUGCACAGAAUAUAAUGGCGUGAUACUUGUUAUUUAAGUACCUAAUCGAACCAUGAGUCGUUUAAGUUGUUGAUGAUUUAAUAUAUUUACAGAUUUUAUAUAUAUUAAAAAUGUGUGCUUGAAAGUCUGCACAGUUUGAGCAAUUUCUUUUUUAAAAUGAGAUGCUGUUAAUGGAGUAUUGUUGUUGAAUUCCUUAUAUUGGUGGUUUAUCACUGUUGGUAUUUAUUUUUUGUUAAAAAGUGAACAAAACUAAGCACAGCUGUCUUGUAUGUAAUUGUAUGCAAUUCGCAAGAAAUGCUGUGAAGACUAUUGGUACAUACUUUUUUUUUCUGUAUUUGGAAUUGUAGUUUUUCUUUGAAGGUUUAGUGUGCUUUUCAAAACCAGUACAUUAUUAUUACUUGCUUGAUAGUUUCCCAUGCCUAGAAAUAGUUACCCUGUAUCGCAAAUGUGCAUAUGCAACAUUUCAUAAAAUCCCAUUUGUUUAUUGUGCUGAUCAGUAAAAAAAAAUAUUAAUUUGUAAACAAGUCCCAAUCUAUGCUCUGUAUUAAUCAGUGUACAGGCUGCUUGAAAUAUUUUGUCAGUAGUUGGACUUUUGUGUUUGAUGAACUCCACGACCUGUACUGAGUUAAUCUUGGAACCUGGACAGAAGGGUCAAAUAAUGAAUUUAGUCUUGUUUACCUGUCCUUAAUCAAAAUCAUUUACUUUGUUUAAAAGCGGUUUCAGGAGUAUCAUACUGUUUAAUGUAAAUAUACAACAAAAGUAACUGCCAGAAAUAAUGCAGUUUAAUAUCAUCAUCCCUGGACCAUUUCUUAAGCAUAAAUUCUGGUUGCUGCCUUGUAUUUUUAUUCGGGUAGUAAAAUGAGUUGUAUUUUUUGUAUAAGUUGCUAAAGAAAGAUUACUCAAAAACAUAUAUUAGUGAUAGUGAUAUGACAACAAAUACAAUUACAUUUUUGAGAUUUUAGGCCAAACUGAAACAAAAAACAGUUGUAAAAAAGGUGAAUAAAGCUACACUUAAUAGGAGGGAGAUGAUUUUUCAUGAAAACCAUAAAACUUAACAUUUGUAUAUUAUAAAAAGUAGAUAUGUGUAUUAAUUUGUCCCAACAUUCUCAAGAGUUCUUUAUUCAAAAUUAGUCUUGAGUAAAUUACAACAGAGUCUUCCUCAUUGACCAAAGACUUAUGUCUAACAUAAAUUUUAACAUGUAUUUAGGUUCCCUGGCAAAUUAUUAGUGCAAAAAUUAUGAUAUUGUAUAGUCGUACAACUAGGAAAUGUUCAAGGAUGUAACUUGGGGUGAAUUGAGGUGGUAUUGACCAUGUGGGAUUUAAACGCAUCAUCUGGUAGGGUUUUAAAUAUAAAAGUACAUCCAUACUGUAGUUUCUGGAACAAUGAUUGUCAUCAACAAGAUGAGUGUUAAAUGAUUUAUUUUAAGCAUUAAUAAUUGCAUAAAGUUGAUGCUAGAUGUACACGUGUGGCUUUGAUUUAUUGAUGUGCAGAUUCUAUAGGUGGGUUGGGGUUUUUUUUUAAUAUGAGAAGGUUCUGUGUGUUAAAUAAAUUAAAGCAACACUUUUAUUUGUUUUAAAUUUAUUUAUUUAUUAUUGCAAAGCAUCAUUUUGUGUUUGGUCAUACAGUGAAACAUUUCUGCAUUGUUGGAUCACAAUUAAUUAAAAUUUCAAAUACCGGAUUUUGUUGCAUUCAUGUCAAGUUUAUAAAAAUAUUUUAAAAAUUAAAAAUUGUCUCUUAAGAAUAUUUUUGUGCAUACUGUGUAAAAUCCUGCAAUGAUCUUUGGGAAAUGACUGCAUUCCACUGUGAGAAACAGAACAUUUUAUAGCUGUAUUUGCCAUCGUGAAUCUUUACCUUUUGCGUGUACCACCGACAGGUUCUAACAUCCAUACAGCUGUCUUGUUUUAACUUGUAAUAUUUCUUUUCCAUGAAGAUAUUUCUUUACUGUUAUGACAUGUGAUGUAUAAACAAUGUUAGAUGUUGCACUUUUUUAUUGAAAUUAAAUCCUUCAUUCAUA